GAGCGACUUCUCAGAGACUGUUCGAACGUCGCAUCACAUCUCCUGAGAAAAUUAUAUUAUGUGACAUGGAGAUUCCUCUGCACGCUGCUAGAUUGGUGUUCCUUUUAUGGAUUGUGAGCAAGACGCAAGGGAUGGUAUGUUGGAUGGGACAAGAACCUGAUUUAGACGUACCCCAUAAACCCUACCGGUGGGUCAUCCCGGUUGAGGACCCCUGCAUGUGCACCCAGGUUCGACCGGGUGGUAUUACCAACCGUACACCCAACCGCCACUUCAAAGUCAUCUACUUUGAUACCGUUCUGAUCAGUAACUCGCCGGUAGAGAUUCACAAGUGGCUGCAAUGCCCAGAUAAUCAGGAUGCUCUCAGGGUGAAUACACAAUUAACAUCACCAUUAACAGAGACAGUAAGCACAAUAUCAGCUCCCGUGGAACCCACGGACGCGUCAUCUGCAACCGGCGCCAAAACCACCGCGAUUCCCUUCACGUGUGAUGGUAAGAGUGACGGGAAUUAUGCAGAUACCACUGACUGUGGCAUGUACUACGUAUGUAGUUUUUCAAACAUGUUCCACAGGCCCUGUGCAAGUGGCACGUACUUCAGUCCCGAGCUUAGAGUUUGUGUUUUUUUAUUAGGUGACGUUUGCAAUUCUAAAACGUUAUUUGACGAGCUAAAAUAAAAUGUUCAUUGUGGGAAUAACACCCAUCACCAAUAAUAAGUCCCUUUACGAUGUUUCACGUUGACGCACUCAAGUUAAAAUGUAUGUUAACUAUUGUAGUGCUAUAGCAUUGUAAUAAACAUACACGAU